AGCACGACUCCGGCCGAGUCGGCGCUCCUAUUCUCUUAGUUGACGAGGUUUCCGUUGUUCACUCGGUUCUUCUUCAGUUUCAGCUUGCGUUAACUCUAAACGGUUAAAACACUCAAGUUUUGUUUUAAUUUUUCAUCUUCGACGAACGGCCUCCUCUCCACGUAAAAUCUUCAACCAUCCGAAAACUAGAAAUCCUGACUAUUUUUCUUUGAUUCAACUGACAUUUGAAAUGGCAGUCGAAGUGGAAAAGCAAAAGGGUGACCCUGAAAACAUAAGGACACUAAAGUUGUCGGGUCACGUUGGAUUCGACAUUUUCCCCGACCAAUUGGUGAACAAGUCUGUCCAGAGUGGCUUCAUUUUCAACAUCUUAUGCAUUGGUGAAACUGGUUUGGGCAAAUCUACACUUAUGGAUUCGUUAUUUAAUACCAGUUUUGAGUCUUCGCCCAGUCCUCAUACACUACCGACGGUUAAAUUAAAAGCUCACACGUACGAAUUGCAAGAAACAAAUGUCAGACUCAAACUCACUAUCAUUGAUACUGUCGGAUAUGGAGAUCAAAUCAACAAGGAAGAUAGUUACCAAGCCAUUGUCGAUUAUAUUGAUGCUCAGUUUGAAGCAUAUCUCCAAGAAGAGCUUAAGAUCAAAAGGUCCCUAUCAACCUACCAUGAUUCUAGGAUUCAUGCUUGUUUGUACUUCAUUUGCCCCACUGGGCAUGGGUUGAAAUCUUUGGAUUUAUCUUGUAUGAAGAAACUUGAUAAUAAAGUGAAUAUUAUUCCCAUUAUUGCCAAAGCUGAUACUAUAUCUAAAUCAGAGCUUCAAAAAUUCAAGGCAAAAAUCAUCAGUGAACUUGCAGCAAAUGGGGUAGAAAUAUACCAGUUUCCCAUAGACGAUGAACAAGUGGGCGAAAUCAACGGUAACAUGAACAGCCACUUGCCAUUUGCUGUUAUCGGCAGUACAGAAUUCGUGAGGAUUGGGAACAAGAUGAUGAGAUCACGACAGUACCCCUGGGGAACAGUCCAAGUUGAAAAUGAAUCGCAUUGCGACUUUGUAAAAUUGAGGGAAAUGUUGAUAAGAACUAACAUGGAAGAUAUGAGGGAGAAGACUCAUUGUAAACACUAUGAACUGUAUAGAAAAAAACGUCUUGAGCAGAUGGGAUUUACCGAUGUAGAUUCUGAAAAUAAACCAGUUAGCUUCCAACAGUCAUACGAAGCCAAAAGAAUGAAUCAUUUGCAAGAACUUCAACAAAAAGAAGAUGAAAUGAGGCAGAUGUUUGUUGUUAGAGUAAAAGAAAAAGAGACUGAAUUAAAAGAAGCUGAAAAAGAGCUCCAUGCUAAAUUUGAUAAAUUAAGGCAUGAACACACCGAAGAGAAAAGAAAACUCGAAGACGCUAGGAAAAAGUAUGAAGAAGAUAUGGUUGAAUUUACACGACGAAAAGCGCAAUUUACUCAAGUUUCCACAUCACACCAUACAUUAACUCUUGGGAAAAGUAAAAAGAAGUGAAUUUCUUUUUUCCUCAUUGUCUCAGUAUUAUAUUAUUGACCAACCUAGACAGUUAAUUUUCAUAGUUUGUUUAACAAAUUAUGAUUACAGCUUGUACACAGAUUUAUUACAAAGAAAAAAAAACAGAAGUGCACUAUUACCAUUUAUUGUAUGUAUGUUGUUUUUUUACUUAUGGAUGCUUGUUUAUUAUAAUUUUGUGAGUAGAUUUACGAAAAAAA